AUGAACAGAGGGAAGAAUACAGCCGCUUUAGGCGCGGCUAUCUGUAGCCCUCCACUCGCAGCACGCCAGCGGAAGAGGUCCAGCCGCGAAAAUAGUAGUGACCAACCGAUAGUACGGCGACCAGGCUCUCGGCUCGCUAUUUCGAGGAGCUACUCGCAUAGCGGAGCCGCGGCAAGUAUCGUUGUUAUGAUCGAGGUGAGCCAGCUUACGCGCACCAUAUCGGUAGGAAGCAAGAAUCGGAAAUCAAUCGAUUGCAUGGGAGUCGCAGCUAAAGUUUUCACCGUAUCAAUUGAUGAACUCACGAACCUCAAGCGCGCUGGCCUUGUCACAGAUGAAGGCAAAGUGAUUCGACUUCGAGGUCUACCAUUUUCUGCAACAACUGAGGAUGUGAAGAAUUUCUUCAAAGGGAAUCGGUGUUGCGGGUAUCGGGACAUGGUUAUGUCUUCUCAAACGGUUCCUCAACACUAG